UUUUGGAGCACUGCAGAUAAAUACAAUAUACAAUCAAAUUAGGAAAAGAUAAAGGAAUAUACUUGAUGACUGAUUGGUUUAGCUGAGGUUAGUGUUAGACAUCAUAUAGAUUUCAGAACAAGAUUCAUCAGAUCUGAGAAUGUAACAUAUUUAUAUAUAUACACACAUAUACAAAUUUAUAUGUAGCAAUUAACUAGCAUUCAGUUUAACAGCGAGGUUUUCAUUAGGAAGCAAAAACCACAGGGGAUUACGGUUUAGUUGGCGGAUUGGUAGUCUUAUUUGUGCUGGAGAUCAAGGUUUUCCGGUCUUUUACAAUUAUUGGUUGUACGUAAGGGUAGAUGAUAAUGUUGGGUGGAGAUAGUUUUCAGAGAAUGCUGGAGUUACAUUCGUAGGAGUACAUUCAAGUCGUUUUCUGUCCCUGAUGAGUGUGAACUAGAGCUCGUCGCCAUCACCAUAGCCAUCGGAACUGCUCUUUGAAACGAGGCAGAAGUUGAUGCGUUGAAGAUUCAAAAGCUUUGAGCGUUGUUUGACAGAUGGUGCCACUGAAAGACAUAGUGCCAGCAGCACAGAACAACAUAAACACAAGGUUCAUACUUUUGGACAAAGGCAUCGUCAAGACUACAACUACUACUUUAUCACAAGCCCAAAACAAGACGUGCUUGGCGCUAGUGGCAGACGAGACUGCGGCGGUUCACUUCCAGCUGUGGGGGAACGAGUGCGACGCCUUUGAGUCCGGUGACAUCGUGGAGUUGAGCAAUGGCAUCUUCUCUUACUGCAGGAACAACCUUUUGCUCAGGGCAGGCAAGAGAGGCAAAAUUGAGAAGGUUGGGGAAUUUAUGAUGGCGUACGUUGAGACCCCAAAUUUGAGUGAGAUUCGUUGGGUUCCUGACCCUAACAAUCCCAAGAAGUACAUUCAGGAGGCUGUGAUUUCCCCACAUUCUCGUAUAUUUCCACCCAAAUACUGAUCCAUGAAGGUGAAGUUGACGCGAGCGUAGUCACAUUGGUUCCCUUCGGGUUCACUUGUAUUAACGAAAAAAGUAUAAAGUCAUCGUUUUGAUGCGCUGAUGUGAAACUGCUGAAAAUAUUAGAACUCGUUGUCCUUCUCUAACAGAAAUAACAUUAAUUUGCACUAUCUGAAACGGA